AAUACCCUGACCGAAUAGUACUGGGUUCACACUCCCUACCUCCCUAUGAUCGACUCUUUGCGUGCCCUCCCGCUGAACCCACUGCACCUAUACCUAUGACCGAUGGAGGGAACCGUCCACCUCAACUCUGUACUGACAAUUCCUAGUAAUGCGCGCACGCGAGCGCCCUUUAAGCCGCGUUCGGCCGCCAAAGGAACUAGCAGCUACCAGCUGAGACAGUUUGCCGAGGCGACGCUGGGUAGCGGGAGCUUGCGCAAGGCCGUCAAGCUGCCCGAGGGGGAAGAUUUGAACGAAUGGCUCGCGGUGAAUGUGGUCGACUUCUACAACCAGAUUAACCUGCUCUACGGAUCCAUCACCGAGUUUUGCUCGCCGCAAUCAUGCCCCGAGAUGAAAGCGACCGAUGAGUUCGAGUAUCUGUGGCAGGACUCGGAGAAUUACAAGCGCCCGACCAAGAUGUCUGCUCCGGAGUAUAUCGAGCAUCUGAUGAGUUGGGUGCAGAGCAAUGUCGACAAUGAGCAGAUGUUCCCCAGCCGGCUGGGCGUCCCUUUUCCCAAAAGUUUCUCCUCCCUCGUUCGCCAGAUCUUCAAGCGCCUGUACCGCGUGUACGCACACAUCUACUGCCACCACUACCCCGUGGUGGUGCAUCUAGGCCUGGAGCCGCACCUCAACACCAGCUUCAAGCAUUACAUCCUGUUCAUCGACGAGCACCGGCUGGCGACUGGGAAGGACUAUUAUGGGCCGCUGGGAGAUCUGGUGGACAGUAUGAUCCGGAGUGAUUAAGCGGACAGGAAGAAUCGGCGUUCGGUGUUGGAGCAUCAUGUGGAACGGACAUCACAUAACUAGGUAUUAUUAUGAUUUUUAGCGUUAGUCGUCACGAACGUAGGCAAGAAUAAACAAGAUUGCACGAAACGAAAGACCAA